AACAAAUUAAUAGUUUAGAGUUCAUUGAAAAUAAUAGAUAUCUUAUUUCAGGAGAUGCGGAAGGAAAUAUUAUUAUAUGGGACAUGAUAUCGAGGCGUCCGAAAGUCCAGUUUAAAGCACAUAAUGAUGGAAUUUUGAGUAUUGCAAAGUUUAAAGACAAAUUGAUCAGUCAUGGUCGAGAUGAUACUUUACAUGUUUGGGUGUUUGAUCAAUUGUCAAAUGCUAAGGAUGGAGACAUUAAAGAAUUAAUAAAACCUGAAAUAAGUUUAACA